GCGGGGGCGGCGCUGGCGGCGCCGGGGCCAUCGCCUGCCCGCCGGGUUUUUCCCCCCCUUUCCUGCCGGCUCGUCGUUCGCAGCCGCCCGUUAAAAAGAGAGAAGGCAAGAUGGCCGAGCUGGGCAGCAAAGGGGUCACGGCCGGGAAGAUCGCGAGCAACGUGCAGAAGAAGCUGACCCGGGCGCAGGAGAAGGUCCUUCAGAAACUUGGGAAAGCAGAUGAAACAAAGGAUGAGCAGUUUGAACAGUGUGUGCAGAACUUCAACAAACAGCUGUCCGAAGGCACAAGGCUGCAGAAGGACCUCCGAACUUACUUGGCUUCCGUAAAAGCCAUGCAUGAGGCCUCCAAGAAGCUGACAGAGUGUUUGCAGGAAGUUUAUGAGCCGGACUGGCCUGGGAGAGAUGACACAAAUAAAAUAGCAGAGAACAAUGAUCUCCUCUGGACCGAUUUCCAUCAGAAGCUGGUGGAUCAGGCACUUCUGACCAUGGAUACAUACCUUGGCCAAUUUCCAGAUAUUAAAUCUCGUAUAGCGAAGCGAGGAAGGAAGCUUGUGGAUUACGACAGUGCCAGACACCACUUUGAAGCUCUGCAAACUGCAAAGAAGAAAGACGAAACCAAAAUCGCAAAGCCUGUUUCACUGCUUGAGAAAGCCGCGCCUCAGUGGUGUCAAGGGAAGCUACAAGCUCACCUCGUUGCGCAAACUAAUCUGCUCCGAAAUCAGGCCGAAGAAGAGUUAGUAAAGGCUCAGAAGGUGUUUGAAGAGAUGAAUGUUGAUCUACAGGAGGAGCUGCCUUCACUAUGGAAUAGUCGUGUUGGUUUCUAUGUCAACACAUUCCAGAGUAUAGCAGGCCUAGAAGAGAACUUCCAUAAAGAAAUGAGCAAGUUGAACCAAAACCUCCAUGAUGUCCUGGUGGGUCUAGACAAGCAGUACUCAGGCAAUGCCUUCCCCGUUAAAGCACAGCCCAGAAAGAAAACUAAACUCUUCGCCAGGCUGAGGAAAAAGAUGAGCAGUGACAGCACCCCAGCGAAAGCAAAUAAAAGCCCCUCGCCUCCACCAGAUGGAUCUCCCAUCACCAGCCCUGAGACCAAGACUGUCAACCAUGAGCUGGAACCGUCCGCUUUGGAAGCACCUGGGGCAAGCAUCCCAAAGUCGCCAUCUCAGUUGAGGAAAGGGCCUCCGGUGCCUCCGCCUCCAAAAGUCACCCCCUCCAAGGAGAUCAAGCAGGAGAACAUCAUCAGUCUGUUUGAUGACAAUUUUGUCCCUGAGAUAAGUGUGACCACCCCUUCGCAGUUUGAUGCCCCUGGGCCCUUCCAGGAGGGAGCCAGCCUGUUGGAUCUGGAUUUUGAUCCCAUUAAACCAGAUGCCACUGUGGGGAAGACCCCCACACCCGCCUCCCAGUCUUUACCUUGGGAUUUAUGGGAGCCUGCAGAAGCAGCCCAUGCAGGAGCUGAAGCAGCUGGAUCAGAAGCAGCAGCUGGAGCUGAAGCAUCUAAAACUGAGGCCGAUUCAGGAUCGAGCGCUCUGCCUGCUGUAGUUGUGGAAACUUUCCCUGCUGCUGUCAAUGGCACCAUGGAAGGCGGUGCUUCGUCUGAAAGAGCUGACAUGCCCCCAGGGUUUCUGUUCAAGGUCCAGGCCAUGCAUGAUUACACAGCCACUGACAGUGAUGAGCUGCAGCUGAAGGCUGGGGAUGUGGUGCUUGUGAUUCCAUUUGAGAACCCUGAGGAGCAGCUGGAUGUGGGUGCAACAGCCAUGAACUCGAGACUCUCCAAGCUGCAGAGGGAUGAAGGAUGGCUGAUGGGUGUGAAGGAGUCUGACUGGAUCCAGCAUAAGGAACUUGACCAAUGCCGAGGGGUUUUCCCAGAGAAUUUCACAGAGCGAGUGCAGUGAAAGCCCAAGCCCACCAGCUGCAUUCCUGCUGGAAGAAAGCAAGUCUCUUCUGGUAGAUAAUCGAAAAGAACAGCGAAAUGAAGAGAGAAUUUUAAAGGAAGAAGCCUGAAAUAAAUGUCAACUUAAAAGGGUGUGUUCUUCUCAAAGGCCAAGGUUUCAGAAGUAAAUUGAAAUUCAAAGUGUUAUCAAGAUAUAUACAUAUUAAUAAUAAUAAUAAGGCAAGUCAAAUACCCUCUUCCCCUUUGGUUUUAACAGCAUUUGGAUUCAGAGGACUGAUACAGAAGCAACUCAGUGUGGUUCUCUAAAUACUGCAGUGACUGAAUUGGCGACAUGUUGGUCUGAUCCCUGGAAAGGCAGUAUUUGUCUAAUAGCUUGGGAGUAGGAGCUGCACUUGCUUUCGGGUGGGUUCAUCUGUUUUGUCAAAGGUGGCUUGCAUGGCAGCCGUAAAAAUUCAGCCUUCCCUACACGUUCAACCUACUGUAGGCCAAACUUUUUGUUAUGCUGUUGAAAAAAAUAUUUAGUGUUAUAGUGUUCACCAAUACAAUGUAUGUGUGCGCGUGUGUGUAUUUUAUUUUCUUCCUUUAAAACAAUGUUACACAAACUGUGAUUUUGUACAUCUAAAGAACAGAAGAAACUACACGGAAAGGGCACGGAGAAGAUGAAAUAUAUGAAGCUGUGCUCAGUCUGAAGUUCUUUCAAAUGCAGGCACCUAAAGUAUCACAGUAGUAUCAAACUGUGAAGUAAAUGCUAAGGGAAUGGACAGAUUCAAGAGGAGAAACAAGAUGAAACAAGCAGAUGCCAUUUGAUGGCUGGGGAAUCAUCUAACCCCAAAACCCUGUAGGUAGUUUCAGAAAAGCUUAGAUUCAUGUACAUGGAAGACAGCUGUCAAAUUUGGCUGGUUAGAAAAUCUGCUUUUAAAGAAAAAGUUAAAGGGAGAAAAAUUUUCUUCUGAAAGAAUGUUUAAGAAAAACACUGAGGAAAAAAACAAUUUGCUUUCUGUGGUUUUAAUUGGCAUUAUUUGUGGAAUUGUAUUUCUUAAUUUUCUUUGAAGAGUUGUGUAAGUGAAAAGUUGUUAGAUCAGCUUUCUCCAGUGCUGUGCUGGUGAUCAAGUUAACUUCUAUGAAAACUGGACUCUUGUAAUACUCAUUUAAAAUGGCCGCAUGACUUCAUGAUCUUUUAAUGCAGUAGAAAGGAAGGCAAGAAUAUCAAAGUGUCAAUGUCAAGAAGACACUCUGCAGUCUAAUACUGAUGCUGAGACCUUUCCUGUACCUUUCCUUUGCUCCUGUUUGUUUUUGAGUUUUGUUCUUUAGUUUAAACAAGCAGAUGUCAAGGCUGUUUCAAAGUGCAUAUUACACUUGUUAAAAUAAGCUGGCCUGACCCUCCAAGACUCUAAAAGUCCCAUAAAGGUACUUUAAACUUUACUUGAAUAGUGAUGCAGCUGGUAACCAGGUCAGGCUAUUACGGUUUUUUAUGGCUUCCCCUCUCCCUGAUCUUGUUGCCUUGAAGGGAUUUUUAACAGUGAGGUUACCUCCUGCUGCAGAGGGAUAGAAUCACUCUCUGAAAUAAUCUUCCUGUUAGGAGCUGGCAUUUGUCAAAGAUGCACAGAAUGCUGACACACACUACUGAAAAUUCCACUUUUUCCGAUCUGUUUUGAUUACUUCUAAGACAACAGAAAAAACAUUGUGGGCAAAAGUGGUCCCAUUUUUUUUUUUUUUUUUAAAUAUACUUCAGUGUGAAGGAUCAGAUUUUGGUCAGAAACAGUAUUCUUGUAAAUGCAAGAGUUUGUGGAGUUCCUCAUGCUUGGUAGAUGAUCUAUGAUAAUUACAGCAAUGUAACAGGCAUCAAAAUCUGUCCUGUAUCCAGCUCCCCCUCUUGUUUCAGUAAAUGUGCAGGAAUUUAUAUUUUGCGUCACUGUUACAAAAGCCAGUAGUGUUUAGGAGUAAUUGCUCACAAUACAAAAGGACUGGAUUCCGCAAGUUAUGGUGUGGUGAACCAUUGCUUCAGGAUAGUGCCCUGUUUGAUUUUUUUUUUUCUUUUUCAACAGAGUUGUCUUUAUUAUUACUCUUUUUGUGUUUUUUUUCCAAAAUAUCUAUUUUUAUGCAUUUGUGACUCCCAUUACUCCUUUAAAGAAUAUUCAUAGAAAAAUAUACAUUUAAAUAUACAUAGAAAUAUAUAUUAAAAGGUGGGUUGAUCCAAUUAACAUAAUGCUGUCAGCUUAAAAUGUUUAUUUUUAUGAAAAACCUGUGGAUUGUUUUUUUUAAAAAAUUACGAGGGUUUUCUUUUUUUUUUUUUUUUUUUUUUUUUUUUUUUGUCUUGCAAGUAGUUCUUCCAAAGCAAUUAGAAAGCUGUGCUGGUAUCUAAUUUAUUGUGGAGUUUUUGCUGGUUUUGUUGUUGUCUUCUGCUGUGUUUGAACCAGAGGACUGUCCCAAGAAAGAUUCUUGUAAGGCCUUUUCAUUUUAUUGAGCUUGCAAAGCAACUAUCCAGUACUGUAUUGUCCCUGCAGAAGUUGUAACACUGCAAAAAAGGGAUAUUGUUUUCAGGUCACAUGAGUAAUGCUCAUAUACUACUAGCGGGGAGGGGGAGAUUUUACAUCUCUCUCCAUUUGCUUCUCCCCAGCCCAAAAAUCCCAUCUCCCAGUCCCCCUUGCUUACGGCAGGUAGUGUGGGUUACUUGGAUCUUGCAUUGCUCACAAAUAAGUGGUGUCAGCACAUCUCGGUCAAAUUCUGAAAAUGCAGGAUUGGACCCACAGUUUAUAAAUUGCCUUACGUGAGAGUAGGAUGGCAUAGUGGGAAGCUUGUAGAUGGCAGUGGUGUUUGGAGCCAGGAGAUACCUUAUCUCCUGGGUCGUGUUCAGCCCAUUCUAAACAGCCACAACUCCUCCCAUUUUCAGGUUUGUUUUUUUUACAUCUGCUAAAUACCUUGAUUGGUUGGUUUACCACCAGGUUGGUAUUACCUGGUGAAAUGAACUUCCCAUUGUCUUUGGCUUAAGACUGACUCAAAUAGUGAGAGGGAUAGUAAACUCCCGAGUAGGCUGUGCCCACAGUGAUUUUUCAGUUUGCGGGCUGAACUGAAAAAUUUGGGGAAAAAAGUUGUAAGGGUGACCUGAGACAAUUUUUUUUUUAUUGUUAUUUUUUCAGUGAAAUGAAAAAGGGAAAAAUGGAAACGUAAAUCCCCAUAAAAAAUCCUUUCAAACCAAAAUGAAACAUUUAAUUUUUCGGGUUGCUUUUUAACUUUUUAAAAAAUAUUGUGAUGUGGGUUAUAGCAGGUUGCUUUGACACAGAAAUGUGAAACCUGUUUGAAUAGUCUUUUUGCAUUUGCCUUUUUUUCUUCAUCUGAUGACUGGUUUCAGUUAACCCUAAACUGUAUUUUUUUGGUGAAUACAUUAUCCACUGAAGAUAACGUAGGCCAAGAAGCCUAUCAACCCAUUCUGUUCCACUGACAGUUACACUGGACACAUUUCAGGGAUUACCUGGUAUCUGGCCCAGCAAAGCUGCUGUUUUCCCAUCUAAAAAUCUUCCACUUGAUUGUUUUACUGGGUGAACAAUAAAAGCAUCUCUCAUCCUGUGCCGUCGACUGGUUUUGUAACCUGGCUUAGAAGUACAUUCUUGGUCUAUCUGUCAGAUGUAUGACUCUAGAUUUAUGUUGCUACUCCAAUUCAAGCCUAAUCCCUUUGUGCAGUGAGAAUUAUUGUUUGCCCAACUGAUAAAAAAGAAAUAAUGCAUUACUUUUCCUCCCUUUUUCUAUCUUAGCAAUGUCAGUAAUGUAUAUUUAUUAAAACUGGGAAAAGGUCACAGGGUAAAGAUGAAUGCAUUGUUCCAGGCGGGACUCCUGCAUACUCUGUGCUGCUUUUCAUAGGCAUUCCUCAAUUGUCUGCUUUUACCAUGUUUGCUUUUUUUAGCUGUGAAGGUGGUGUGGUAAAAGGGGUUAUGCAGGCUUCAUUCCAGGUGCUCAGAGCUAGUCCCAUUUUGCAUUCUGUUUGCCACAAUCCUGGAAAUCACUGGCUCCAGGUUUCUUGUUUGCAGUCACAAUACCCACCUUCCAAAGACUGGCCAAGGCAAACAACUCCAGGUCAAAGGGAUUUUAUUUUUUAUUUUUAAUGACCUGGAGCAUGUGCAGGGCUCCAUAUUCUGCCUGGAAUUGAGCCUUUGCACAGUAUAGUUUUGUAGCAGCCUCUUGAAGGGAAAAGACCCCAGGCUAAGGAGAUGUUCAGGGAGGGUGGAGCAAUGAUGUGUAUCUCUUUCAUUGUGAGACGAUUUUCUGAAUGCCUCUUGGCUCCAGGAAGGUCCAGAAAGCCGCAAUUUAGGGCUGAUAACAAAAAGUGAGUGAUCAAGAUGUGCAUGGUCAGUAUGAUAACAGGUGUGUCUCUCCUGCAAAGGAUAUUGGAUUCAGAGUUUCUUCUUCCUUGCUCUGUGCCAGAUAGAUUGAAUGUUUUCUGUCACUAUUGCAGAUGUUUUGGAUGCUGUGCAGUCCAUACCCUAAGACAAUGAAUGUCCUUUGCUGGAGGUUCUAGGAAGAUCUGCUGAUCUUCCACAGGCCGCACCUGUGUGCUUCUAAUGCAGUAGCCUCUGAUUUCAGUAGCUUCCGUGUCUUUCAACAUCUGUCCUAGCUGCUCCUGCUUCCCACCCUCUCCUAGGCUCUUUGAGGAUGAUAGUAGCAUAGGGCACUUCCCACUAGCCUGAAGUGCAAGGCAAGAAGAUUCACUAACUUAUGUCUAUCACCAAAUCCUACACAGUGCAGCUUAUAUUGGGGAAAUAAUAAUGCUUAUAUUGGGGAAAACAAGUGACGGCUUUUCUUGUCUGAGCUGCCAAAGGGAAGCUAUUCCUUGCCACACAGGUACCAUCACUCCUUGCACUGCUGCAGACACCUUUCUGCUUGCAUGCUCUGGGUUAGACAUUUAUGGGUAGCAAACUCCUGACAGAAAGGGGUCCUGUGUGUGACCCUCAGGGUUGGGUUGUGCUGCCAACCCUUGGGAAACUUUGGCUCUGUGGCUGGCACAGGGGGGGGCUGAGAAUUAGAAGACUAUUUAAGAAAUUUUGUUUAUGAAACGAAAUAGUGAAGCUACAGCUUUGAAGACUGGUUUGUAUGAGCUUGUACGUUGUGUCUUAUGGCUAUAUUUCUUUCUUCACCUAUUUUUACAGUGUAUUCUGCUUAUCCUGUCCCUAGUCUGCAUCUCAUGUAGAUGGCCCCUACUUGAAACUUGCCAGAUGCAGUCCUUGGUUUAUUGCUUCAUUUUAACUGAGUCAAAUGGCAAUGACUUUGGCAAUGUAUUGGCAAUCUCUUUUCCUUCUGUUAAUUCAGUCUCUGAGUUUAACCACAGUGACCUGAGAAAUGUUUGGGGUUUGAGUGUUUUUAUAAUUAUUUUAAUUUUUGUUUUGUUUAAACAAAGCUGAACAAUUCCCAUUGUAUUCAGAGCUGUGAUGCCCAGUUCCAGUGACAAGUACUAGAUGGAUUUGUCCCAUUUUGUUUCUUGGCAAUGUUCAGAAAUAUAAUU